CCAACAUAGCAGAUAUUUAUAUGUAGACAUAAAUGCCGCCAAAAAAUCAGCCUCCAAAAAAUAAAAAGGCGGAUGAGAAAAAGAAACAAGAAGCAUUAAAAGAUCGUACAUUUGGAUUAAAAAAUAAAAAAUUGAGGGCACAAAUUGAAAAGAAUAUACUUGGUGGUUCUUCAACACAACAUCAACAAAAAAAGAAAAAUGAAGAUGAUGACUUAAAAGAUAUGAGCAAAAUUUUCAAGCCAGUCGCAAAAACUUCAACACAACAAAAUGUAAGCGCCGAUGUUGAUCCAAAAUCAGUUCUUUGUGUUUUCUUCAAGCAAGGAAUGUGCACUAAAGGUCACGAUUUGUCAAUUCAACAGAAAACUGCGAAAAAGAAUUUGUAUGUAGACAGUCGAUCAUUACCGAAUGAAGAGGGUUAA